AUGGAUAAAGCCAAAAUCUUCCAUACUUACGGAAUUGUUGACGAGAAUGCUCAGGUGUGGACAGAGGAGUUUAGCUCAUCUUCGCAAUUGGGUCUGAUUGAUAAGAAUGGUGAUAAAGAGGGCACUGGUAUAUCUCAACAAUCUGACGUACAUGGAGACCUGUCAAAGUAUGCCUUGCUACGUGAACUAGUUAGUUCUGUCAAUGGCUCGAGCGCUUAUUCCUCGCUACAAAAUGAUGAAGCAGAUCCACUUGGCUAUCGGUCGUCAGUUUUAUCAGCUCUCCGUGAACAUGGCAUCGAUGUAGAUACCGACCCUUCCGUUAGGGGUAAAUAUCUUAUAUCGUCCACCAAGUUCUCAUCAACCGAUUUCCUUCGUGAUGUGCAUUCCGAUACUACAUACUCGAAACUUGUGAGUUCAUUAUCAUACCUGGAAGGUUCAAUUAGCCAAAGGUCUGAAGCAUUGCGAAAUUUGGUGGAACGGGAAUACAUCCAGUUCGUUCGAUCCAAAGCAUUGCUAGAGUCGGUUCUGCAACAGGUCGAUAACACUGGUUUCAACGCGGAAAAGGGAUGGGGUGUCGAUAGCAUUCGUGCAAAUAUUGAUGAUGCAAAUGCUAAGGCCACUUUGGUCAUGAAACCUGUGGUGGAUUACCAGAAAAAGGAGGAGAGACUUACAGCGGCUCUUAAACUUAUAGACAAGAACAAAUACUUAUUCAAUCUUCCUUCAACAAUACUUAAGCAUAUCAAAGAUAAGAAUCACGACCUCCUAAUUCGUGACUAUAGGCGAGGACGUGAUAUCAAAAACACUACUGUCGAUAUUACCUCGUAUACCCCAGACUAUAUCGUUCAGAACAAGAAGAUUAUUGACAGAAUUUGGGACGAAGUUGAGAUUAUUGUUGAGCAAUAUAAACAGGAUACCUGGAAAAAACUGUCAGGUGGUGGUACGCUGGACGUUGGUGGGGCAGAUCCAAAUUCAAACUACAUGCAACUUAUUGCGAAAUUACUGGAUAUCGGUGUUGAAGACAAUCCUAUAUUAGAGUGGAUUGAACAACAAAUCCAAAUUUUGAAGGAUCAAACUAUUGAUAAAUUUGAAAAGCUGAAAUUGCGUUCUAACCUGAUGAGAAUGAAUGUUCAAACGGCACAGCCUCCUGACGAAGUCAAUUUUAUCCAUCCUCUAAAAGAGCUUACUGCAUUCUAUGGGUCAGCAUAUCACGAGAUUCUUAUUGAUGGUAAUACCACUUCUUUGAUUUCGCCCACUUCUAGUACUGGAUCCAUACCCAGUAGUGCUACUGGUACAGGAAGCAGCGCAUUUCUCGCUAAUCCAAGUGGCUUGAUUGAUGCUAUGGAGAUCGUUGAAAUGUGGAUAAAUAUUCGCACGAUUGUAGAAGAUAUUGCAGCUAUUGCUGCCAAGGUUUGCGUUUUCUGGCAGAGCUGUAAUGGAUUUCUGACCGGUCAAAAGCAACUGAACUUACCAACUGGAUAUCAGGGAGAAUCAGAGACACACCUUAGAUUCUCGAAUUAUGAAGUUAAUGAGAUUAAAAAGUCGGGUAAGAGUUUGGUAGAACUGUUCUCUGACAGAACCUUGGAGUACUUUACUACCCGUGUGACAAGCAAUGCCGCAGGACCAACAGGAGCCACUGGUACAUCUGGCCUUAUCACGAGUGGUAGCAGUUUGUCUAUCGCAGGUGGUGUCCAAAACAGACUGUCUGGACAUCUCGCUUCAAAUUCCAGCGGCUCGUCUCUGGGACAAGGCGGCCAGGAACAGUUUUUGUUCAGCCCUCCCUUUGCGAAUGCACUCAGCUCAUCUAAGUAUCUGGGUCAGAUAAUCUCUUCUCUGUAUUCAGGAUUUCGAGAGUUAAGCCUUGCUCACGUUCAGCAAAAUAAUGCCGAAAAGCUUAGAAGUGUCCUCACUACUGUAAGAGAGCGGUCAGUAUACUCGGUGUGCAAUUCCUGGCAAGAAGAUUGUAAGAAGUUCUCAUUGAUCGAAGACUGGACACGAGCCCCGCGUAACGACUCACUCACGAAGUUCCCGCAAUAUUUUCAAACUUAUCACUAUGCUGUUUUGUCAGGCAUCAAGCGAAUCGUAUUUUUCAGUCCCGAAAAUGAGUCUAGUGAACUCGUUGCGCCGCCUCCGAAUAAACUACUGAAACAGAUUUUGAACGAAUUUGCUAAUGCCAUGCAGACUAGUAUCAGCAGUAUAAUGACCGCGCUAUCAAAAUCUCUUGAUGCAAUGAGUGCCAGUAAGCGGUUUUCCAAUGGCUCUAACCUUACUUCAGUACCGCUAGCAGAUCUGAUGGACCCAAGUGUCAUUGACCAAUUAUCACCACAAGAAUUGACCCCAGAUUUGAAAGUGCUGCUAGUGCUAAGUAAUCUCGUAGAGAUCAGAGAAAAUAUUCUGCCUCGGCUCUUCAAAUACUUUGAAAGGUCGUUUAUGACGUCUUCGAAAGAGGUCAGUGCAUCAUUAAGAAGUAGAACUGAUGAAAUGGAAACCAAUUUGUUUGAGCUUUACACACGACAGAAGCGCAGUACGUUGUCUGAUGCUGUGAGAGAGGGCAUUUUAUUAUCAGGCAUUAAUUGGUUAACGGCAGAUGAUUCUUCAACUAUCAGCAAGUACGUAUAUGAAUGUCUGUUGGUUCUCGUGUCUGUACAUGCUAGAGUACACUAUGUCUCGCAGAAUCUCGCCAAGCGAGUCAUUACUGUCUUAUUCGAACAUCUUCUCAAAGCUCUGCUUACGUAUUUCAGACAAGUGGAAAAGUUUGGCAAAGGCGGUGCGUUGCGCGCAUUGAAAGAUGUUCGAUUUAUUCGGUAUGUGAUGAAAUCUUAUGAGACAACAGAUUCGAGCAAGACUCUUCAGCUUAUUUACGGCACACUUAAAGAUGCUACUAUAGAUCGAACAGUAUGGAACGGUGACGGAGUCUUUCAAGCUGUACAACCGACAGUUGACGCCGCUCUAAAAAGCUCUGAAGUAAGUACAGGUUAUAUUUAUAAGAACUGCAAACUAGGGUACUAA